AUGUUUGAGAAAGUUGCCACGCAACACACAAAUUGUACCAAUGGAGUCACAUUUCAGCAACUAAAUACUUUGAAUGAUAAUCAAGUAAUAAAACGUAUAAUUGAAGAUCACAAAAACUUGCUGAUGUUAAAAGACAACAAGGCUAGCCUUACAAACAUUAAAGCCAUUCUUCAACAUUACAGCAUCUCUACACAAUCAAACCAGAAAAUAGCUGACCUAAAAGAACUUUUACUGAAACAAUGCAACUCAUUUUCAAGUGUACCUAUAACUUUUGUUCCUGAUUGUAGUGUUGAGAAUUACAUUGAGGCUCCUGAAAGGAACCACUCUAAUUUACCUCAUAAACAACUGAAUGACUUUGUCCCUGUAACAUUUGUCAAUGACUCUAUGAUUAACAUGGUAAAAACACAAGAAACUGUAACUGAAACUGCAGGCAUCAAACGUCUCAACUUAACACCAGUGAAACAUGGCUAUACACCUGAAAGACAUCCCACAAAAAAACAAAAAGGGAGUAAGCCAACACAUGACCCACCAAGAAAACUGAAAAUUAGUGUGAGAGAUGAAGCUACUGAAGAUCUAUCCUUUAAGCAAUCACCAGAAAUUAAAUCAUUUAAGGAAAUGGUUGCUGCCCUACAAAAGGACACAUUGUCCUCUAGUGAUAGUGAAGAAGAAUUUGAAAGUGAUUUUAAACUGUUAGACAGUUCAGAAGAUUUAUUUUUCCAAAAAUUUGAUGAGCCCACUGAAAAUGAAAAGCAAAAGAUGUGUGCCAAAUCUUACAUGUCUGAUUUGUUUGACCAAACAUAUGAUUAUCAAAUGGUAAAAACAACAGAAUUGUGGGAGUACAGAGAAUUUGACAGAUCACUGACACCAAAGCUGGGAAAUGAUUUGAAUCACUUGGAGCAAGUCAGGCGUUUCAUUUUGAAGAAGGGAUUUCAAGAGCCCCUGAUUAUUUCCUGUGACCUGCACACUGGCUGUGCUUAUUUGACUGAGGGGAACCAUCGCCUCUGGGUGGCACUGAGAGAAAAAAUCCCUUUUGUACCCUGCCGUGUGAUUCCUCAAUGGCUGCCACCCAAUGGAUCAUUUAAAAAUGUCAAUGUAGAUCUUACAAUAUUACAGUCUAAGAAAGUCAUACUUCCAGAGCAUUUAGGACUAACAGUCUUCAACGCCAAGCAAGUUCAGUCAUAA